UGUUUGACCGCUCUCUUUCUCAUCUGACGAGCUUCUGUUGACGAACCAGGUGAUGACGCUUUUUUCUCUCUGAAAUAAGCCAAUCUUCUUCGUUACCACUUGCUCCUCCUGCACAACGCCGAUCCAGCCUCUUGUAGAACUAGUCAGCGGACAAAAUGCAAAUCUUUGUCAAGACCCUCACGGGCAAGACCAUCACCCUCGAGGUGGAGUCUUCCGACACCAUCGACAAUGUCAAGCAAAAGAUCCAGGACAAGGAAGGAAUUCCCCCGGAUCAGCAGCGCCUGAUCUUUGCUGGCAAGCAGCUUGAGGACGGCCGUACUCUCGCGGACUACAACAUCCAGAAGGAGUCCACCCUCCACCUCGUCCUUCGUCUGCGUGGUGGUGGCAAGAAGAGAAAGAAGAAGACCUACACUACUCCCAAGAAGAUCAAGCACAAGAGAAAGAAGGUCAAGUUGGCUAUCCUCAAGUACUACAAGGUCGAUGACAACGGUCGCAUCACCCGCCUCCGCCGUGAGUGCCCCACCGAGACCUGCGGUGCUGGUGUCUUCAUGGCUUGGCACCACGACCGCCAGUACUGUGGCAAGUGUGGUCUCACCUACAUCUUCAAGAAGGAUGGCGAGGCCCAGGCCUAAAGUGCGAGUCGAUCAGCUGUGUAUUUAUGGGAAAUUGCGCUUUUGGGUCCCACAAUAAAGUGCUUUCUACGUA